CUUCAGAAUUUUACUGAAUUCUUCAGAUUUGAUAUCUUAAAGAUAGGAUGGAAGAGUGCAGGUAUUGUAGACAAUAAGAAAAAGAGGGCAGCCAGUGAACAUAUUGUAAGCAUUGCUCUAUCAGAUCUAGCCAAGUAUUUUGAUCUUCCAAUCACAAAAGGUUCAAGAAAUUUGAAAGUUAGACUUACAGUUCUCAAGAAGAAAUGUAGAGAAUUAGGUAUUCCUCGUUGGCCACAUAGGAAGAUCAAAUCCCUUGAUGGUCUCAUUCAAGAUCUUCAGACCUAUGAAGAGGCAAAACGCCAACAGCAGGAGAAUGAGGUAGCUGCCAUGGUAGUGGCAAAAAGGAGAAGGAUGUUGGAGAGCGAAAAAGAAAAUAUAGAGAGAAAACCCUUCAUGGAGUUGGACACUGAGACCAAAAGAUUCCGGCGAGAUGUUUUCAAGAGAAAGCAUAGAGCUAGAGCUCUUAGAAACCAUGGCCUAUCAAUGUCAAACAAUCAGUUGAUAUAA